UACUCCAUUUCAUAUUUCAUUCGCAAAAUUAAAAAACGACGUCGAAAAAGAAGUCCUUUUUGUCGGUUUUACUAAAAGUUCUCGUUAGAUAAUGUGAAAUAUUUACGAUUCAUGUGGUUUAAUUUCAAUUUCACUGGUUUAAUUAUCCUGACGCAUUAAGAACAUCUGUGUAACGUCACGAGUACUCCACCAUGGAGGAUGAAAAUGAAUAUAAGAAGUUACCCACAGAUGAGAAAUGUGUUCACAAACUAUGGAAAGCCAGAGUUGCAGGAUACGAAGAAGCUAUAAAACUGUUCAACCAGAUCGACGACGAGAAGUCCCCAGAGUGGAAUAAAUACCUGGGUCUUAUAAAGAAAUUUGUAACAGACAGCAAUGCAGUUGCCCAAGAAAGAGGUUUGGAAGCGGCGCUCGUUUUCGUGGAGAACUGCGGACAUGCAGGAAAGACGACGGGCGAGGUUAUGUCUGGCAUUGUUGCCAAGUGCAUCGCUGCGCCGAAAACUAAGACAAAAGAUCUCGCCUUGCAGAUCACGCUAAUGUACAUUGAGAUUGAAAAACACGAAGUAGUAGAAGAAGAGCUCCUAAAGGGCAUGGAACAGAAGAACCCCAAAGUUGUAGCUGCCUGUGUUUCAGCCCUAAACUCUGCGCUCAAGCAGUUUGGCAAUAAAGUGAUAGCAAUUAAACCAAUGGUUAAGAAGAUACCCAUAUUGUUGGCAGACAGGGAUAAAGGUGUGCGGGACGAAAUGAAGGCACUUGUUGUUGAAAUGCACAGAUGGAUUGGAGUAGCAGUGGAGCCUCACAUAGCAUCCCUUCAAGCAGUGGUGCAACAAGAGUUAAGGGAAGCUUUCAGUGGUUCCGGAGGGGCUACACCCACCAGAUACCUGCGCUCGCAGCAAAGCAGAGUGCGGGACACACCACCUUCAGAUGCUGUUGAUGGUGGUGCAGAUGAUGACGAUGCAGAAGCGGGCGGCGGGGACUCCCCUGACAUGGACCCGUUCGAGCUUUUAGACCCAGUGGAAAUCCUCUCCAAACUACCCAAGGAUUUCUAUGACAAACUGGAAAAUAAGAAGUGGCAGGAGCGGAAAGAGGCGUUAGAUGCACUCGAGCAUUUAUUGAAGCAUGCACCUAAGUUGGAGCCAGGGGAUUAUGCUGACUUGGUCCGAGCUUUGAAAAAGGUGAUAUCAAAAGAUUCAAAUGUGAUGGUAGUGGCUCUGGGAGGAAGACUGCUAGGGAUGGUGGCGAGUGGUCUUCGAAAUAAAUUCCAGCCCUACGCAGUUGCCUGUGUCCAGGCUAUACUGGAGAAGUUCAAGGAAAAGAAGACCAAUGUUGUCACUGCACUGCGAGAAGCCAUUGAUGCUAUUUACCCUUGUACAAAUCUAGAAGCAAUAAUGGAGGACAUGCUAGCGGCGUUCGACAACAAGAACCCGUCUAUAAAGGCGGAGAGUUCCUUGUUCCUCGCGCGGGCAUUAUGUCACACACAGCCCGCAGCGUUUAACAAGAAACUGGUCAAGGCUUAUGUGGCCGGGCUGCUGAAACUGCUUGAAAGUGCAGAUCCAGCUGUAAGAGACGCAGCGGCGGAGGCCCUGGGUACUGCAACCAAGUUGGUCGGAGAAAAGAACAUCGCACCACAUAUAGGAAAAUUGGACAACUUGAAAGAGCAGAAGAUCAAAGAGUUUGCUGACAAGGCUGAGAUCAAAGUGAAAGUAUCAGCUCCGAAGAAGGAAGCCAAACCAAAGUCGGCAACAACCGCGACGGGUAAAGGAGACGGCAAAUCUGCUGCCGGCUCGUCACAACCUAAACCUGUGAAAAGGCCAGCUACUGCUGCAAAGAAAUCGGCAGCUGGUGGUAAGAAAGCUUCAGCGAGAGCUCAACCCAGCCCACCUAGAGAACAAGAGUUAUCACAAGAGGAAAUAGAUGCUAAGGCUGAGCAGUUGUUCCCAGAGGAUGUUGUCAAUGGUCUUGGCGAUGGCAAUUGGAAGAGCCGUUUGGUCGCAGUCCAGUCCUUCCACUCCACAGUCCAAGGCCUCACAACGGCAGACACGUCGGCGCAAAUCUUAUAUCGCGUGCUGAACAAGAAACCAGGCCUCAAAGACACCAAUGUGCAAGUCCUGAAGGCCAGACUUGAGGCCUGCAAAUAUAUUACAGAGAACUUCCCAGUUUCCACAACAGCAGCAGAUUUCGUCCUUCAAGACGUGGUAACAAAGUUGGCGGAAACCUCCUGCGCCACAGUCUCGUCCGACUGCCUCACAUCCCUCGCGGAGGGCUGCGGGCUGGAACAUGUGCUGAACGAAGGACUGACAUUUGCCAUGGACUCGCAGAAGAACCCCAAAGUACAAGCUGAGAUGUUCAACUGGAUGGCAAGCGCUAUCAAGGAGUUUGGAUUUACAAUGAACGUCAAGACAAUAGUAAUACACGCGAAAAAAGCGCUCGCGGCAACGAAUCCUAACGUUCGAACCUCGACAAUUAACUUUCUGGGCAUACUUUCUCUGUAUGUGGGACCUUCCUUACUGAACCACUUCGACAGCGAAAAGGCGGCAACGAAACAAUUGAUUAGCUUCGAAAUGGACAAGUAUGCUAAUAGCUCGCCGCCGACGCCUACGCGACAAUUGGGGACAGUUAGCAAGUCUGCCAGCAAAGGCUCGAUGGGCGACGAGAUCGAAGAGCCAUAUGAUGAGCCGAUGGACGACGAACCAGCGGUAGUAGAGGACAAUAGACCGCGGACAGACAUAGCACCGCUUAUCACUGAUUCAUUGGUCGCUGAGAUCAAUGAUAAGAACUGGAAGGUCCGUAACGAAGCUCUAGACAAAGUAAAGGCUUUAAUCCAAAAUUCAGCACCAAUAAAGGCGUCAUUGGGGGAACUACCCGCGGCACUAAAUGCCCGGCUUUUUGACUCCAACUCCAAGUUGGCGCAGAGUGCGCUACAGAUUUGCGAGUUGCUUGCAUCUGCUCUGGGGCCCAAGUGCAAACAGCAUGUUAGGACUUUCUUCCCGCCAUUUUUCCAAGCGUUCGGUGACAGCAAGCAAUGGAUUCGCGUGGCAGCAGUGUCUUGUGUGGAAGCAUGGUGCAACCAAGUCGGUCCGCAGGCCGCCUUUGAAGGGGAAAUGGUGUAUGACGCCCUUAAAUCCGGCUCUCCAGUACUGAGAGCCUCACUGUUCCAGUGGGUAGCUGAUAAACUACUGAUAAUACCACUAAAGGCGUUCCCGCGCGAAGAGUUAUCAGUUUGCGUGCCGAUACUGUUCGCGUGCCUUGAAGACAGGGCAGCCGACGUGCGCAAGGCGUCCGCAGACUGCGUGCUGCCCUUCAUGCUGCACCUCGGGUACGACGCGAUGCACAAACAGGUGGACAAACUGAAGCCUGGCUCCAAAUCCGUGGUGCAAGCGGCGUUAGACAAGGCCCGUCCCAAUCUACCAGUGCAGCCUUUACCAUCGAAGGCUAAGAAGGACGAGCCUAAAGGAGUCAAGUCGGCCGGCGCGCUAAAAAAAGAAGCUGAGAAGAAGGGAGGACCAUCAGCUAAAGCGAAGGUUGUAAAACCAACGUCCGCCUCAAGUCGCGGCAAGAAAGAGGACGAGGAUUGUACGCCGUUAUUACCAAACAACAACGCCAAAAAUCAACGUAUAGUUGACGAUCAGAAAUUGAAAGUUCUCAAAUGGAAUUUCACUACUCCUCGUGAAGAAUUCUUCGAACUACUGAAAGAGCAGAUGAAUAGUGCCGGUCUUAACAAGCAACUUGUGGCCAACAUGUUCCAUAGUGAUUUCAGGUACCAUUUAAAAGCCAUAGAAGCACUAUCAGAAGACCUCCACGAGAAUGGAACAGCUCUAAUGGCAAACUUGGACCUGGUCCUCAAAUGGCUAACCCUGAGGUUCUUCGACACAAAUCCAUCAGUAAUUCUCAAAGGGUUGGAGUAUCUCACAAUAGUGUUUCAAUACCUGAGUGACAGUGACUACACUAUGGCAGAGUACGAAGCCAAUUGCUUCAUACCGUAUCUAGUUUUGAAGGUGGGAGACCCUAAAGAUACGGUACGGAAUGGCGUGAAAGCUCUUUUCAAACAAAUAUGCAUUGUCUAUUCAGUUACCAAGCUGUUUGGAUAUCUGAUGGAAGGAUUGAAAUCGAAGAAUGCAAGACAAAGGGCUGAGUGCCUUGAAUGCAUCAACCACCUACUCGAGACGUAUGGCUCAGCGGUGAUGUCGGGUGGUGUAGGGGCAUCUUUACGCGAAUUGGCUCGUCACAUUGGGGACAGAGACAACGCAGUGCGCUCUGCCGCGCUCAAUUGCGUCACAAGCGCUUACUUCCUUGAUGGAGAGAAGAUUUACAAGAUGAUUGGACAGAUAUCAGACAAGGAUCUCUCUCUACUGGAAGAGCGCAUCAAACGGGCGAGCAAAAGUCGGAGUGCGGACGAUCGACGCUCCAUGCUAGUGCCGCUUUCGGCGUCCGGACGACCCAUAUUGCAAGCACCUGAGGUAGAAGUGAAUGAGCGCGUUAUGCCAGCGGAGCAGGUGCCGCCCGAUGACUAUGAAGAGGAAGAAAUGGAGGAACAACCACCUCCGCCGGCUCAGGCUUUAAUACCAGAGCCAAAAGUGAUAAGUGGCCCCUUCGGACUGGAUCCGGAUUUGAUCGCAAAAUUAGACGCAGAGGUGCCCGUGCGUCGUCCACUCGACAUGCCGGAGCAUGAUCUCAAGUUCUUGGACGAACCCGUUCCAGCCACCACUGUGAGGGCUGUCACCGCCCCUGUGAGAUCUACGAGCAUGGUAACGAUGUCGCCUCCUCGACUCGGGGCGCCACUGCCGUCCAUGCCGCCUUCUGCGCACAAGGUGACUGUCGACGAUGCGCAGUUGGCUGAUACAAUCCACUCCAUCUCCAGUCCUGAUCUUAACGCUGCAAUCCGUGCAUUGUCUCUCAUCUCUGGAGCCCUAGCAUCAGGCCGGGGCGCCGCUCUGGCCGCUCAUGAGACGCGAUUAGUUUCCGCUAUAGCGGCACAACUAAGACGUCUACGUACUGCCCCGCCCAGUGCUGCCUCGGCCCAACAGACUUUACCUGCUUAUAGGUACAUUGGAAACGCUUUGACUAAUUUCUACGACACAGCGGGCUGUGGUCGGCAAGUGGGAGAAAUUGCGCUCCGCUCGCUUUUGAGCGAACUGUUGUUGGUACUGGUGGCAACUCCCGCGGCCAGCGGCGCGGCUGUACGCGACGCGGACAGGCUCGUGCGGUUGCUGAAUAACGUGUGCGUGUGCGUGUUGGAGCAUUCGCCGCGUACUGCUGUCCUAUGUGUAAUAGUUUCACUCCUCCACGACUCAAUAGUGGAAUCCGACCCGGCCUACCCGCGCUACCAGGAUCUACUUCUCAAAUGCUUCUGGAAAACUCUCAAGAUGAUCUCGUCAUGGGAAGUGAACUCCAUAGACUACGAUGCGGUUCUCUACAAGAUACAUCUGUUUUAUAAGGCCUACCCAAAUAGCUACUGGAAGAAGAAUCCGGAAAUGAGUGAUACUCCAUACAGAACAGUCAAGACUCUAGUCCACACGCUAGUCAAAAUGAAGGGCGCAUCCAUAAUGAAUCACUUGACGCAAGUACCGGACGUCAACGAAUCUGAUCUCUUCCCAUAUUUGCAUAAAGUUUUAAAGCAAUUAAAACUGGACGAACGGAAGGACAUCUCGUCAGACGCAGUCAACGGUGGUCUGCCGAGCGCAGUGAGCACAGUCAAUACAGCUCUGAACGCAGGGAGGUUACCCCGGGGCGUUCACGAGGAGUUAGCGCUCAUACUCAAGAGGAUCGGCUCCAAAGAACACAACAGAGACGCGCUGUCGCAGUUGUAUGACUUGCGAGAGCGUCAUCCAGAGGUAGACAUAUGGACGUUCAUGCAAGGGUCGUCGUUUUACUUCCGUAAUUACGUGGAGAGAGGGUUGAAGGAAGUGGCCGAACAGCGCAAGCUCGCGUCCGUGCCGAUGUACAAGAGCGAUUACAAGACGGAGAAUAUUGAUAUAAGCAAUGAAAAUGAUGAAAAAUCACACGUGAUAUUCCUUGAAAGGCUAAGAGCAUUACAAGCUAAAGCGGGCAUCAAAACAGAGUCAAAUCCAUCUUCGCAGCCACGCACCCCAGUCAGCGAUAAUCGAGGGCUGACAGACUCCAUCAACGACAAUACCCUCCCGCGCGCGCACAGUAUCGACCCACAACUCGAGCUCCACACAACGCAAUCAGUGUCAAUAAGGAAAGAAGCGGGUGUCGACGCGCUACGUCUCAAGUUGCAGCAAAUCAAGAGCUCCUCCAAGAGAUAGGCCAUCCCUUUCGCCCCCUCGGAAAGCAGCUCAUGCGCUCUCAUUCACUCAUUAUGACAUGUGCGGGAUACACGAUUAUCGACCUUAGUUCCAUCGUAUUAGAGUCGUGUACCGCACGUACAUUGAAACCCCCUUGUGAUAUAACCUUAUAGACAUGUCCCUAAGGAUAGACGCGUAUUUUCGAAUUAAUAAGAAAAUUAUUCUUCGUUCACAUGGACAAGGCAUUUCUUUCGCUCGUGUGAACGAGGGCUAAAUCUUUAAACUCAGCUUUCUCUAUCAUACUUAGAAAUAUCAGUACAAGCUAAGCUGUCAAAAAAUAACAUUUAUUGUGUGCUGAAAUACAUAUUAACAUUUACAGUAUGUAAAAAACCUAUAUUAAUUUCGACCAUUGUCACACAAUUUAUGAAAUUAAAAUGACAUACCCGCCUAUUCUUAAUUCUUAAUCUCAUUUCAACGCUUUUCAAAAAUCAUUUUAGUUCCUAGAAUUUAUUUAAUAACUUACUAGUAAGAGUAGUGCUAGGAUCUUAUUUUUUCGUUGCGUUCUGUUGCAACUUACUCAAUUAUUAAGGUGGAAACAUACUUGUAAUAUGACACGUGAAGUGAGUUUGACAGUUGGUCAAAUCAUUUUUUACUAACUGUGACUCAACAUUGGUUGUACGUUUCUUGUGCAACGGUCAUUGAAAAAAUUGAAACUUAAAAUCAUUUAUUUUGUGUGCAGCUUAUUUUUAUAUGUGCAUAUGACUGGUCAAAACACCACUUAUUCCUAAAGCAAUCUGUCAAGAAAAUGUCAGUAUUUUUUUGAAUUUGACUCCUUUACCACAGAACAACAAGAAAACGUUAACGCGGUCCGAACGUUAACCUUACGUGACUACAUCCAAUCUACACAUUUUUGCUCGACGCUUCUAAACGAACCACUAAGGCGUAGAAUAUUCGACAGCUAGUGUGACGAUUGCAAUCACCUCUGAUUGGCUCUCAGUCUCAUUAUUGGUAGGUAACUAUAUCAUAAAAUCUGUCAAUUACAACACUAGCGAUUAUUUUUAAUAUGAUAAUAACUUUCGUGUCAAUCCCUGGGUGGCGUGUUAUGAGUAUGUUUCCAGCCUUAUUCGCAACUAAAAAUCGUCCAUUGCUUCGCACAUUUUUAACAUGACAAUAGAUUGUAAACGGUAUCUUUAAGCAGGGUAAACGUGUGAAAUUGUUUCAGUGACUUGAAAACGGCUGUAAGAGGUAUAAUAUGUAUGAACAAUCUGAUAGUUCUUGCCUGAUGUGUAUGGUUUAUGGAAAGAAAGAAAAUUAUUGCCUAAUAAAUUUAUUUAUGCGCGCAUGUCUGAAUUAUAAUGACAAGUAGAAUGAGUAUGUGUAUUAGUUUGGACACAGAUUGAAUUUGGUCAUAAUUUUGGUACAACUAGCUCUGUUAGUUUGGUCACACAUGAUUGUGUAUUGUUAGUUUGGUCACAUAAUGGUGCCAAUGGGUACAAAUCUCUAAAACUAAAUGGAUAGAUGUUAAAGUAUGGCUAUCUUUCUCACAAUGUUCACGAGGGAAAAAGACAGCUGUAGUUUAUGGUCUGUCAAUUUAUAGGUUUUGUAUGUGAAAUAUUCAGUCGUGCGUGCACGCAUAAAUGGAUGAAUAUUUCUUUAAAUUUCGAAGUGUUGUGUGUGUACGUGUACGUAUAACACUUGAUAAUAAAAAAAAUAGAUAGCACGUGUGGCGAUUUAGUAUUUUUGUUCCAAAAAAAAAUUCAAAGUAUUUUUAUUUAGUAAAAAUUAUACAAGUGCUUUUGAAUCGUCAUGUGCAUCUACCACUGAUUCCCUUCCCAUAUUGGAUUAUUUUUAGAGUAUUGCCCUAUUAGUUUUAGAGUAACUUAAUUCAUUUGAGAGUGUACUUAGGAGAGAACAGAGUAGGUACAACCACAGGGAACUCAAAUAAGAGGGAACUUAUAAUAAAACUUCGAGGCUUUGACGGCAUUUGACUUUGGCUAGGUAGCCUAUGAAUCGCCGAUUUUGCUUUGAUUUCACGUCACCCAUAGCAAUGGUCUGUAGAGAUAGAUAGAAAAAUUCAUUGCACAUAAAACAAGAAAAAACCAAGACAAAACAAGAAACUUUAAACUAAAAAUAUUUGUAUGCAAAGGCGGCCUUAUUGCUUAAAGCAAUCUCCACCAGGCAACCUUUGGUAGAGGUAAGGACUAGUAAGGAGCAUGAUCUCCAUGUGUAAAAAGUGUCCGUUAAAAUGUGCUAAAUAAGGGUGGCGCUACAGUAGCCAAAGUUCAAAGAGCCGUAAAUUUAAAAUAAAGAAAUAAUCUAAUUUAAGAUAAAAUAGGAAAAGAACCAGCGGUCUGAACUGUAUAUACGUUGGUAUGCCAGUCAGUUAGUUUAUGCUUUAUAGAAGAUAAUAAUAGUAGUUACCAGAACUUACUAGGUGUAUAUUUUUUUAUCAAUUUUUAAUCUAUAAUUCUAAUAUUGGUUUAAUUGUUAUAAAGUAUGUAUCAGAAAGAAUAUCUCUAAAGAUGAUGGCAUAUUGCGUCCCACAAUUUUAACUUCUAAUCAGUUCAAUGCUUCGGCAAAUUUUCAGUACUGUCGCUUCUUACGGUUCGUUCUGUGAUAUGUGAUUAUAAUUAAUGAUUAAUAAUUAUAUAUGAUCUACAGUACUGUUCUCUCCUAAGUCGUUAUAUAAUAUUCAUUUUUAUCCCUGUGUUGCCAGUAUGAAAAUACUUCUCAUUUUUCGGUAGAUAAAGGGCCGAAUUUCCUGUAACACUGAUAACGCUGACAUUUCACAUGGUACGACCGAUGUACGCGACCGACAUCAGCAUUGGAGUAAAUCAGGCCUAAAACUUUUAAACUCUCAGCCAGUGAUCAAAUAACGUAUAACGAAAUAAAAAAUAACUAAUAUUUUAAUACGCUGUGUAUCUCUUAGCAAAUAACAGCCGAUAGUCGAUAGAUAGUCGAUAAAAUACGAAAAUAAUAAUAAAAUUAAUGUUGUAAUUAAUAAUUGCAGCCUGUAUUAUAGUGCACAGAUUAGAGAAAAAUGAUGGAUAGGGUCCGUGCAAACAAACUUGUUUAUAAAAGUGAAGCCUGAAUGAGGAAUUACAGAAAUCAUGGACACGAGGUCGCAUCACUGAAACAUCAGGUCCAGGCACCAAAUCAGGAUUUAAUGCCACUUGACGUAUUUAUUUGACAGCAGUGUCAAAAUAUAAGAACUCUUAUUGGCUGGUAGUCUCACCUAAGUGGCGCCAAAUAAUGAUUUUAUUAUAAACCCUCAUUGAGCAAACUUUUAGGUUAGGAUUUGUGCCAUCACGGUUCUAGUAGUUGUAUAAAAAUGAAAGCAGUAACGCAACAAAUAUCCUCAAGUAAUUGGGUCACUCUGUUUCAUUUCCUGUCUAUCUUUUUCUUUAGUCUGAGUCAUAGUAGUGGAAUCGUAUUGCUUUAUUUAUAUUUGAACUCAAUGUAGUCUUCAUUGUACUUGAAAACUACGAUUGAUUUAAUUACCAUUUCUGUUGUAAUGAUUAUUAUCAUAUUUUAGUGUGUUAGAUUGUGUUUGAAUAUGACUGAAUAUUGCAAUUGCGUACAUAAUUCCUAAAAAAACUCUUUAAUAAACACAAAUCUCUUUACUCAAUUUUAUACAUCUAAAUGUCGUGCUAUAUUAUAGCUCGUUCACACAGGCUGCGUAAGCGUUGCGUAAGCGUAGACGUAUCGCGUAGCAUUGCGUUGUAAUAUAUGGAACUGUAUGAAACAUGGCACACCGCUUGUAUAAAGCGUGGACGUAUGCAUAACCCGGUGUAAGGGGUUUACGCGCGUCACUACGCACGUAUCACGUGUACGCAAUUGGUGUGAAUCGGCCUUUAAGGUACUGGCUGAAAAUCAGCGCUCUGGUAUAUUAAGGCAUAUAGCAUUAUGCUGAGCUGCAACGUUUAAGCAAAGUCAAAGUGUAAGCAAAGUCAAAUCUCAGGCUUAGACAACAUGUGAUGUGUGGCACAGUU